AUGGAAGGCACUGAAGAUGGAAGAGUGAAAAAAGACAAAUCCAACGUCAUCAAAAACUCCUUGCCAUCAUUGGGGGAAAACACAUUGCGAGCUCUCGCACCUCGCUCUGCUUCCUCCGUGACCACGUCUGACAAACCCGAUAUGGCUGAGAUCAAGAAAUUUGAUCAGUGGAAAUUGAAGAAGGCGGAAACACAAGAGAAGAAUCCACUGCCUUCCAAAGAAACGUUCAAACAGGAGAAGCAAGCUUGCGAGUCGUAA